GAAACGAAACCUUAACAUUUACAGUCUAUGAACGAAACUUUUUGGGCAAACAAUCGACUCAUUUCCAGGUGUGGUCCUUUCCUUUUACUUGAAAUUACAGAUAUGGCAACUGCCAGCGGUCUGCCGACAGAGGAGAGGUUCCUAUGUUCCAUCUGUCUGGAUGUGUUUUGCAAGCCAGUGUCAACGCCAUGUGGACACAAUUUCUGCAGUGCUUGUCUCCACAAGUAUUGGGACAGCAAUGUCACAUGCCAGUGUCCAUUUUGCAAUCAGGUGUUUUCUCCAAGACCUGAACUUAAAGUCAACUCUAUGAUGUCUGAGUUAGUUGACGCAUUUAAGGUGUCAAUUCAAGUCAAAGCCACACACCCGGAACCUGAACUUCCUGAAACCACAGACGUUCUUUGUGAUAUUUGCUCAGAGAAAAAUAACAAGGCUGUUAAAUCUUGCCUGACGUGCCUCGUCUCUUUCUGUGACGCACAUCUUGAGCCGCACUUGAGAGUCACUCCUUUGAAGAGCCACACAUUAUUAGAGCCAGUGAAAGAUCUGCAUGACAGGAUGUGCGAGACACACAGCAAGACAACAGAACUGUACUGCAGGACGGACCAGGCUUUUAUUUGUGUGCUGUGCUCCAAAGCCGAACACAAGAGUCACAUUGUUGUCCCGCUUGAGGAAGAAUACGAAGCAGUGGUGGCCAAAAAAGACGAGACAACGACAAACAUCCAACAGAUGAAACAGUCGCGAGCUGAGAAGAUGGCAGAAAUCCAAAACUCGGCUGCUGCGUGCCAAAUACAAGUUGAACAAGAGAAAGAAGCCAGUGUUCGGGCGUGCGAAGACUUGAUCCGCUGUAUCCAGAGCAGCCAGGCCAAGCUGGUCGAGGCGAUUGAUGAGCGGUACAGGGCAACAAAGCAGAAGGCUGAAGACCUAAUCACAGAACUGAGGAGGGAAGUCAUUGAGCUUGACAGCAGAAGCAGUCGUCUUGAGCAGCUGUGGCGGUCCGACGACCACCAUCUUUUGCUCCAGACCUUCCCAACCUUAUUCUCUUCCUUUGACUUUAAGGACUGGGCGGACAUUGGUGUUCACAGUGAUCUGUCCUUCAAAGCUCCGAGAGAUGCGCUAACACUGCUGGAACAGAGAGUAGGUCAAAUAAUGGAGGAGCUUCCUGAGAUUCAAAUGAAAAUAAUGAGGGAGCAUGCAGUGGACCUGACCUUUGACCCCGAAACAGCGUUUGACUCACUUGUCAUAAGCCAGGAUGGAAAACAAGUCACCGAAGUAGAAGAAAGGCAGAAUCUUCCCAAAAAUCCAAAGAGAUUUGAGGUGUAUCCAGAGGUUCUGACAACUGAGGGGUUUUCAACAGGGAAGUUUUACUAUGAGGUUCAAGUGAAAGGAAAGACCGACUGGAUUGUUGGAGUGGUCAAAGAGUCUAUUGAUAGAAAGACAAACACACCUUUGUCAGACAAAAAUGGUUGCUGGAUCAUUAUGCUUAAAGAUGGCAUAUUUGCACUUACAGAACCAAGAGUCAAAAUCACACUGAAAGAAAAGCUCCAGAAGGUUGGCGUCUUUGUGGACUACAACAAAGGCGAGGUUUCCUUCUAUGUUGAUUCUAAAUCACAAAUCUAUUCCUUCACUAACUGCUGCUUUACAGAGAAACUGUAUCCGUACUUUUCCCUUCAAGGACUUAAAAAAGGGAAGAACUCGGCCCCUAUUGUCAUAACCCCUGUGCCUCAAACUCCCUGAGUUUGUUCCUCUGGACUCUCUGUGAAGAUAACAGAAAAGUCUAAUGGUGGCCUCUGCAAAGACUACUGAAAGUCUAGUAGUAAACCUAGCCUGUAUGCAAUCGAUUUAUCAUGGGUUUUUUUCUAAUUCUAUUUAGAUAUUAUUUUGUGCAUGUUUGGUUGUUCAAAAAGACCGUCUGUCUAAUUCCUGCAAAAUCAUGAAAUUGAACUCGUAUCUGAGCAUCUCUAGAGUGUGUAAUGUGGGUGUAACGCUUACAAAAUGUAAAAUAUAACAUGAGAAUAAUGGAGACAAAAGAAUUGAUUGAUUUCUUUGCAAACAAAGUGUAUAAUAAACUGAACAGAAAAACCUU